AAUUAACCAAUCUUUUCAUGCGAUCAACUGGACGGUGAUAUUUUCUGAGAGGGCGCCGAGCGAAAUUUUCCAAGCUACCAAAAGCUCCCGCGGAAGAGCCGGCGGGUCUUCGUUGAGACGCAUCAUCGAUGACGACGGUUGACAGAAUAGACAGCGGUGGUUGGUUUUCUUCAGUCGCCGCCAGUCACGGUGAGGACGUUGUCGUGUGUCGUGUCGGUGUUUGCUUGUCGCGGCGCGACGUGUUGUGGCGGACGAAACACUGUCGUGACACAUCUACUCCAUAGAGCGUCGCCGUCGUCAUCCUCGUUGUUGUCGUCGUCGUAUCGUUAUUGUUCUCAUAUCAUCGUUGCCGCAACAGGGAGACCACGAGCGCGCAACAAUGGCGAUGGGCAAGGGCUUUCGCGUCUACGAGAAGCUAGACUCGCCGAAGCCGCACUCGGUCAUACUCGAGCAGCGGGGCCGCAAGGAGACACUGCUCUUCGAGUCGCAGGCGAUCGCGGUCCUUUCCGCCGAGGAGCAGGAGUUCCUAAAGCUGAAAUAUACCAAAUUGUUGGACGCAUAUGGAUGCCUAGGUGUUCUGCAGCUAAAUGCGGGUGAGAACACUCUGCUGUACCUUGUCUUGGUCACUGGAUGCUUCUCCGUCGGAAAGAUCGGCGAAUCGGAGGUCUUUCGGAUAACGCAGUCGAGUUUUGUGCCUCUAUUCUACAGUCAGGGAACGGAGGAUCGCGUAUCUGAGGUCAGAAAGGUUCUGAACUCCGGAACGUUUUAUUUCUCCUGGUCCUCCGGGCAGGAAUCACUGGAUAUCACAUUAAGCGCUCAGAGAAGAUGCAAAUCGACGACUACAGAUAACAGAUUUUUCUGGAAUCGAAUGCUGCACAUUCAUCUAUUAAGAUACGGCGUGGACACGAGUCAAUGGUUAUUGAAAGCAAUGUGCGGUAGCGUGGAGAUUAGAACCGUCUAUGUUGGACACAGACAAGCUCGAGCGGUGCUAAUGUCUAGAUUAAGUUGCGAACGUGCAGGCACUAGAUUCAACGUUAGGGGAACCAACGAUGAUGGACACGUGGCGAAUUUUGUGGAGACAGAACAGGUAAUUUACAUAGACAACGAGGUAACGUCUUACGUUCAGACGAGAGGUUCGGUACCGCUGUUUUGGGAACAGCCUGGUAUACAAGUUGGCUCACAUAAAGUAAAGAUCUCGCGUGGUUUCGAGACCUCUGCGCCCGCUUUCGAUAGGCACUUGGAUAUGAUCAAGAAGCGAUAUGGUCAACAAGUUAUUGUCAACCUUCUCGGUUCCAGUCUGAUCGGCAGUAAGGAGGGGGAAGCGAUGUUAAGCCAAUUGUUUCAGACCCAUCACAAUAUGUCGGAGUACAAGGAUGUGCCGCACAUCCUGUUCGAUUAUCAUCAGGAAUGCCGCGGCGGAAACAUAAAGAAUCUUUCGAAACUGAAGGCGAGGGUCGAAAAGUACUUGGAAUCGUUUUCGCUGUUCUACGCGGUCGGUAACACCGUGAUUCUCGAACAGACCGGCACCAUCAGAACGAACUGUCUGGACUGUUUGGAUAGAACAAACUGCGUGCAAACAUUCUUUGCGCUCGAGAUGCUGGCCAAACAGAUGAGUCUGUUGAAGCUAAUGGAGAAGCAGCAGAUGGUCUCGAGAUUCGAGGAGGUGUUCCGUCAGAUGUGGAUCAACAAUGGCAACGAGGUCAGCAAGAUAUACGCAGGCACCGGCGCCAUCCAGGGCAGUUCCAAGCUGAUGGACGGCGCAAGAUCGGCAGCCAGAACGAUACAAAAUAAUUUACUCGACUCCAAUAAGCAAGAGGCGAUCGAUAUUCUAUUGUUAGGCUCGACGUUAAAUACAGAACUGGCUGAUAGAGCACGUUUGUUGUUACCAUCCAACAUGUUGCACGCUGCGCCGAAUCUCCUGCGAGAGAUGUGCAAGCGCUAUAACGAGUACACGAAUACGAUGAAUCUCAGGGUGAGCAUCGGUACUUACAACGUUAACGGGGGCAAGCAUUUCCGUAGCGUAGUUUACAAGGACGUGUCUUUGUCCGACUGGUUAUUUGAUGGACCAGGUAGAUCUUCGUCUUUAGUGUCCUUGCAGCAGCGUGACAAUGUUCCUGUAGAUAUAUUUGCAAUAGGAUUCGAGGAGAUUGUCGACCUAAACGCCAGUAAUAUUAUGGCCGCCAGCACGGACAACGCCAAGGCUUGGGCCGAGGAGUUGCAGAAAGAGUUGUGCAAGGACACGGAAUACGUUCUCGUGACAUAUCAGCAGCUGGUCGGUGUUUGCUUGUACCUGUUCAUACGACCCGUCCAUGCGCCGUACCUGCGUGACGUGGCAGUAGACUGCGUGAAAACAGGAUUGGGAGGUGCUACCGGAAAUAAGGGCGCCGCAGCGAUCAGAUGUGUGCUGUACUCCACGUCCUUUUGCUUUGUGUGCGCGCAUUUUGCUGCCGGCCAGUCCCAGGUGAACGAACGUAAUGCCGACUAUGCCGAGAUCACAAGGAAGAUAACGUUUCCUAUGGGUAGAACCCUGAAUACUCACGAUUAUGUGUUUUGGUGCGGUGACUUCAACUACAGAGUCGACAUGGAUAAGGACGAAAUGAAGGAAUUAAUCAAGCAAAACGAAUUUGACCAAAUACUGCAAUACGACCAGUUGAGGGUUCAACAAGAACAAGGCAACGUCUUUAAGAAUUUCCAGGAGGGACCCAUUACUUUUGCUCCUACGUACAAAUAUGAUCUGUUCUCGGAUGAUUACGAUACCAGUGAAAAAUGUCGGGCACCCGCAUGGACAGACAGAGUUCUAUGGAAGCGCAGAAAGCAAAUACCUGAUAUUGACUCACCUACAGAUUGGAAUCCAGGAAAGCUCAUCUACUAUGGCAGGGCGGAAUUGAAACAGAGCGAUCAUCGACCGGUAAUCGCAACGAUCGACAUAGACGUGCACUGUGUCGAUCCUGAGAAACGUGAGCGCGUGUUCAAGGAAGUAAUACAAGAUCUGGGUCCACCCGAUGGCACUAUAAUAGUCAAAGCGGUAGAGGACGUCGAAGACAUGGACAGCGUAUUCGAUAAUAAUCUAAUGUUCGCGCUGAUACAAGAUCUGUCCCACAUCGGCGAGGCGAUUCUGGUACGUUACGUUGGCGAGACGAUCUGGGUAACAUUCAGGGACGGCCAGUGCGCUUUAGCCGCGGCGAAGAAGGGCAUGACGCAGGUGUGCGGUCAGACAUUGAAAUUAUCUCUGAAAUCGCCCAAUUGGGUAGAAGAAAUCGAAAAAGAGAUCGAGAUCUGUAGCAACACCACGGUAGCUCAAUUCACGGCGGAUUCGCCAUUGAGAAGUCCUAUGCAACGACUGGAACAGCUGGAAAUUGCUGAGCGCCCGUCCCCCAGCAGGGGCAGCCCAAACGGUGUAAUGCCGCCCCCAAGACCGGCACCGCCCGGUCGACCUGUUCAACCACCGAAGAGUCCCGCUCAUGAGCGGAAGCAGAUUCCGCGAGCGGGUGUCUUUAGCGUGAUUCCCAGUCAGUUUUCGCGCCCGGUGACACCGCCGAUCGCGGAACCUGCAGUGAUGGAAGAUGAUCGACAAGACGAAAGACUAUCGCCAGAUUCUGCCAUCUACGAGGAGAUACCCGAUGGUUCACCGAAUUAUCCAGUACCAAAUCGACCACCGCCGCCGUUACCGCGUAUGGAUAGUCCUCAGGAACCAGUGAACAGACCACCGCCUCCCAGCUCGGUGCCUCCUCCGUUGCCGCACAGACAAGCUCCGCCGCCUCCACAGUAUCCGCCGCCGAGUCUACCCCCGACGAACGCUCCGCCACCCGUUCCAGCGAGAACUACCGGCGGACCACCCAUUCCAGCUAGAAAUCCUCACUAAAAAAAGGGACGCAAAGUAGAUAGGACCCAUAAAUGGGACGCAUAUCCUAUUACUAGGCCAGAUUUCCGGUACGUUUAGCAUUAUAUUCUAGUACAUGUGAUUAUUUAUGAUUAAACAACAAGAUGACAGCAGUCGUCUUCACUUCCAAACUGAGUUCCAGAUCCGCGUAGCGUAGUUAAGAAUGCCGAAUUCUAUUUUGUGAUUACUCUGAAAGUGAUUGGUGAAGUCAUCAUGAGUCGGAGGUAAUUACAUGUCAUUUUCGAUCUCCAGUCGCAUAAAUAAUUGUAGAUUUGUACUGUAGGUCGUUCUUGAGUUUGUAGAAACUUAGCCGACAAAGUAUAUUUUUUAAAAUAAAUUUCUUAUAAUGUCGUUUGUAUGAAGACUUUUAAAGAGUUAUAAAGAGUUUAUUAAAUAUCCAUAUAAUUAUAAUUAUCUGGAUAACUUAUCACCUUUUUUAAUUGCAUUUUGAAAUUUUAAAUAUAAUAAAUGAUUUUAUACAAAACUUUAACUUAUCCAUGUUGGCUAACUGCAUAAUGUAUUAUUAAAUAAUUAAAAUUGUUUAUAAAUCUGUUUAAUUAUAUUUUAAAAGUAUUUAUAAUAUAUGAAAUAAUGAAUAAGUGUCUCAGUGGCUACAUGUAAGUUUCUGAACAUAUAUUAAAGAAACUGUUAUUAAAAAAUAUAAAUCUUAAAUAUUAAAAAAAAUCAUUGAUAUGUUAGGCUUGUAUAUACUAGAAUUGUUAUAUAAUAUUUAGUUAAAUAAUAAUUAUUACAACGAGCUAGGGUAUAUAAUAUGAGAUGAUUGAUUUUAAUCCUUAAUUAUUUUACUAAGAGCAAAUAAUUUUUAUAAGCAAAAAAGUUAUUAACUUUUAAAAGAAAUAUUUUAAUAUUUUAUUUAAAAAUAAUCCUUUGAGUAUAAGGUUUUUUUAAUUGUCACAUGUUUAAUUGUCUAUAGUUAUUAAUAAAAGUUAUGUUUGAGCAAUAUUCGCUCUAUUGUUGUAUUCUUAAUAUUCAUUUAAAAUGUCUCAAAUACUUUUUAUUAAUGUAAGUAAUUAUUCUAGAAUUAUUCCUUUGUAGACAAUUCAAUAAAUUAUAUCUAUAAUAUUAUCUUUAUAAUAUUGUUAUAAUUAUAAGUCUUUAACUUUAAAGUAAUGUGUGGAAACAUUAUUGUGUGUCUUUAUAUUAAUGUUUAAAAAUAAUUGAUUGAAAUUAAUUUGAAAUAGAUUCUGUAAUUUGCAGAUUAUUUAAAAUGCCAAAAAAAAAUUUAAAGUUUUUAUCAUAUAAAACUUUACUAUAUAUAAAAAAGUAUACAAAAGCAUUUUGAUAAAAAAAAUAUGUCUUCAAUAAAGAUCUUAAAUGUUCAGCCACUGAUCAUUUAUCUUACAAAUAAUUCCACAAGAUUGUUUAAAAAAAAACAUUCUUUAUCGGCUAAGUUCAUACGAAUCUUUCUUGAGCUUAUCGAAUACACCGUUCUUUGCGUUUCCAUGGUAAUAAUAUAAUCCUGUUGAGCUAUUCUCGUAACGACGCGGGAAAUCAUUAUUUACGCUCUAUAUGUUUAAAAUGGCGCAAAUGAUUCUAUUGUUUCAAAGAUCCAAUCGAUUUAUAUAAUUGUUGACACAAAUUUAAAAUGUAUAUUCAAAGCCCGUUGAAAUCGUUGUGAAAUUGGAUAUAUCAUGAACACGUUGAUAUAAUAAUCAGAGUUUAAACGAUGAAAUACUUGCGGUAAUAAUAUUAUAGUUGCCACUGCUUGUAUUGUAUAUUAAUAACUUAAGAUGUAAUCUCUUAUCAAUGUUAGAAUCACUUUUAAGGAUUUUAAGAGUCUUCGCGGUAUUGCAGUAGCGUAAAACUACCAAAAAAUACAAUUGCGGUAAAACUCUGAGGAGUAAACUUAAUUUUACAAUUAAUCGUGUGUAGUAUGAUGCGCGAUAGAAGGAAAAGGGUAGACUCAAACACAACAGUAUUCUCACAGAUGCAAGGUAAGAUAUUUCUUAUAAUUACUCACCUGAAUUUCCCCUUUCUCACACGCGGUGCUGAAGGCGGCUAAUUCAAUUAAUUUAAGGUCAUCCUAUGUAUAAUUAUGUUUCGUUUACACUGUUUUCUAAUUUUUAAGUUCCUAUAUUUUGCAUUCCACCAAAA